AGCACAAGCUUCCCUCUUCUUCCUUCCCGUUUCUUCCUCCUCCUCCUCCCCAUAUCUCUCUCGAUUCCUUCUUCUUCUUCUUUUUUUGUUUGUUUGGAUAUUUUGUGCCAGCCUCACAGAUCCGCGAUGCAUUUUCAUUUUCGAGCAGGCUUCUUAUAAAGGGCAGUUAGCGCAUUCCCUAUUUUUUUAAAAAGCAGUGUCUCACUAUCAAAUAUGAAGAAAGCAUUUGGUCAAACUGUCAGAGACCUCAAGAGAGGUGUUAACAAGAAAGUGCUUAAAGUACCUGGUAUAGAACGAAAGGUUCUAGAUGCUACCAGCAAUGAAUCAUGGGGUCCGCAUGGAUCACUUCUUGCGGACAUUGCCCAUGCUUCGAGAAAUUACCAUGAAUACCAGCUGACCAUGGGAGUGUUAUGGAAACGUCUUAGUGACACUGGAAAAAAUUGGCGGCAUGUCUAUAAGGCAUUAACGGUCUUGGAUUAUUUGGUAGGUCAUGGAUCAGAACGUGUCAUAGAAGAGAUAAAAGAACAUGCAUAUCAAAUUUCGAUAUUAUCAAGUUUUCAGUAUAUUGAUUCCAGCGGUAGAGAUCAAGGAAGCAAUGUCAGGAAGAAGGCACAGAGCCUUGUGGAUUUGGUAAAUGACAAAGAAAGAAUAGCGGAGGUUAGAGAGAAGGCUGCUGCUAACAUAGACAAGUAUCAUAACUCAACAGGAAUGCAUAGGCCGUCUGGAGGAUAUGGAGACAAAUAUGAUUACGAAGGCCGAUAUGGAGACAUAGAUGAAGCACGUAGUAGUUAUGGGAGAGAGAGAGAAUAUGGUUACAAGGAUGAUGAUAAAAGUAGUCGUGAUGGAGAUCGUUAUUCUAGAGACUCUGAAGACAUCAAGGAUGAUGAAUAUCAUGGGAGGAGCAGAGAUGAUGAUCAUUCUCAAGAUGGAAGAGGAGCAAUAGAGAGGAAAUUUUCUGAACAAAAUAUUGGUGCUGCCCCACCUAGUUAUGAAGAAGCUGUUAGUGAUUCACGGAGCCCUGUAUACAGUGAAAGUAAUGGUGGAGAGACACCACAAGUUACUCCUCCUAGAGGUGUAGCUUCGCCUCCCCCUGAAAACAAUAGCGUGGAAAACGAAGCUGGUGGUUUUGUUAACGAAUCACCUCCUCAAGAUGUUGAGGCUUUUGAUGAAUUUGAUCCACGGGGUUCAGUUUCAGCAGCAUGUGUACCUACAACUGGUCCUUCAGCUCCUGCACCUAGCCCACCAACAGUGGUUUCUACUUAUGCCCAGCCUACCUCAAAUAAUGCGGAAACAGAUUUGCUUGGCGCAUUUUCAGAUGUUUUUUCAGCGAAUCCCUUGCAUACUGUAACAUCUGAUUCCACUUCUUUUGAAACCAGUGGACAACCAAACACUGGUCCAACUCCAUCGUUUCUUACUUCUCAGUCAUUAACUCAGCCUUUUGAUGAUCCAUUUGGUGAAUCUCCUUUCAAAGCCAUCACUUCUGUUGACACUGAUCCAACCCAUCAUCAGAGUUUUGGAGAGUCUUUCCAGCCAACACCACCAACUUCAAAUCCUGACAAUGAGAAUAGUUUUGGUUUUGGGGAAACAUUUACAACCGUACCCAAUCAUGAACUUGACGUUCAAAAUAUGCAAGCUCAACCAAACUCAUUUGUCUUACCUGAAGAGCAGUUCGAUACAUCGCACAACGAAAUUGAUAUUCUUGCUGGCAUUCUCCCACCAUCUAGACCGCUAAAUUCUCUAUCUCCACAACCAAAUUCAACAGUUUCAGCAUCUCAUUUUGUUCCCAACGGUGGUAGCUCUUAUGAGAAUUAUCAUCAGGCAGCACUUACAGAUUCAAGCAUGCCAGGACAAACUCCGUUUGAUCAAGCUUCACAACACUAUGGCAUGGUUUCCCAUUCACAAAACCAUCCUGAAGAUAUGCAAUUUAACAAUGGAGGCUUCACGCAACAGCCAGGCUAUGCAGGUUCAAUAAAUUCUCAACUUCCACAAUAUACUCCUGGUUUAUCUCCACACCCAACAAGUGAGAGUUUUCCUCACCAACCAUGUUUUGCCACCUCACCAAGCUCUCAAACUCCUUACGCUACUACACCUAAUGGACCAGCUGGUCAAAGUGAUGGUGAAAACUUUAUGACACAACAGCCUUACGAUGUGACACAUCAACCUCAUGAUGUAACACAACAAGUUCAUGGUGCCCCUUCUCAUGUACCACAUCGAACUCGAUCUGGACCUGUUGUGGCAUACGGGAAUAAUAACAAUGUCGUUGGGGAUAUGCACCAACCUGGUUCUGCCCCCUCAUCAAGUUCACAAACUUCUUUUGCUACUACACCAAAUGCACCAGCUAGUCAGUCUGAUGGUGGAAACUUUAUGACACAACAACCUUAUGAUGUGACACAUCAAUUUCAUGGUUCCCCUUCUCAUGUACCACAUCGAACUCAGUCUGGACCUGUUGCAGUGUACGACAGUAAUAACAAUAUCGUUGGAGAUAUGCACCAACCUGGUUCUGCCCCCUCAUCAAGCUCGCAAAAUCCUUACCAAACUACACUUAAUGCACCAGCUAGUCACUUUGAUGGUGGAAACUUCAUUACACAGCAAGCUCAUCGUAUGACACAACAAGUGCAUGGUCUCCUUUCCCAAAUACCACAACAAACUCGAUCUGGACCUAUCGAGAAGCACAUUAGUAGUAAUGUCAUUGGAGACAUGUUUGCACCAGCUGGACUAAAUUCCUUAGAGACUUCAGCAUCUCAACCAUCUCUCACACCUGUAACAGGAGCCAUUGAGAUUGUUCCUCAAAGUCAGAAAAAGUUUGAGCCAAAAUCAACAAUCUGGGCUGACACAUUAAGCAGAGGGCUUGUUAACUUCAACAUUUCUGGACCAAAAACAAAUCCAUUAGCAGAUAUAGGAGUUGAUUUCGAGGCGAUCAACAGGAAAGAGAAACGACUAGAGAAACCAACUACUGCACAACAACAAGUAACAUCAACUAUCAACAUGGGUAAAGCCAUGGGAUCUGGUACUGGCUUAGGCCGUGCAGGUGCAGGUGCUAUGCGACCUCCGACAAAUUCAAUGGUAGGCUCAAGCAUGAACAAUGGUGGCUAUGGAGGUAUGAACCAAAACCAUCCCGUGGGAAUACAUCAAAAUCAUGCAGCGGGCAUGAACCAACACUUUCCUAUGGGUAUGAACCAAAACUACCCCAUAGGGAUGAAUGGAAACCAUUCGAUGGGUAUGAACCAAAACUAUUCCAUAGGGAUGAAUCAAAACCAUUCAAUGGGAAUGAACCACAACCACCCUAUGGGAAACCAAAACUAUCCCAUGGGAAUGGGGAUGAACAUGGGCGGAUACAGCCAAGGCUAUCCGAUGCAACCACAACAAGGAAUAGCCAUGGGUCCUCCUGGUCCACCACAAGGCAUGACAGGUUCCUACAAUCCGAUGAUGGGUCAAGGCGGUUACAACCCUCAGCAGCAGCAACCGUACGGUGGAGGAGGUUACCACCGGUAAGAUACGAGCCAAUAAUCAUAGUUACCCCCAUCUAAACUCAUCACACUAGUAAAAAAGAUUCAAAAACAUAACACGAUCAUUUAGACCUGAAUUUGUAAAAAGAUUUUGUCGGUUCAUGUAAGUUGGAGUUUUGUUAAGACAUAUGUAGUGGGAAAAGAGAGAAAGAGGCAUAACCUUCACUCGGGUUUCGCUGUAAACAGAUAUGUAUUUUGAUAUUAUACAUCUUUUCUGUAAUACAUUUUCCAUUUACGUAACAAUUUUUUAAAAAUUA